GACAUAGACAAUUAAUAUCAACAAUAAUUUACAAUUUAAAAUCAAAUGUUUGUAGACACAAAUUAAAUCAAUCAACGUGACUUUAUGUUAAUCAACAAAUCAAUAUGAUCACAGCAAUUUGAAUCCUCUUAAUCCUCACGUUUUAUAAAUCACACUGAUCAUAAUCAUCAUCAAUUGAACACUAUUAAUAAAUUGUUAGGAGAUUCAGAGAAAUCAGUGGACAAUCAAUUAGGAUAAAUUGUUUGGCAUCUAUUUAAAUGGUCUCAUAAUUGUGAUUAACCUACAAUUAACAUCUUGGGAAAAAAAUUGUUCAUCAAUCUAAUUGUGAAUCUGUUAAUUGUUACUCUGUGAAAGUGUAUUCAUAUUGAUCAUAAUCAACAAUUAAGUGUUCAACAACUAAUCAACAAUCAACAAACUAAUCAACAUGAAAGGUUACAUGGAUAAAAUUGAGAACCACAACAACAACAAUCAAAAUUAUCACAAUCAUUUUACCAACAACAAUUUAAUGAAUUUGGAUGAAUUUUUAAUCGAGAAUGGAGUUGAUUUUAAUUAUAUAAACGCAAUCAGAGAGGAAUCAGCAAAAUUAGAAGUUGAAUUCAGUCCACUGGACAUUGCAUUGGCCACUCGACCAGGAAGUGAUGCUAAUUUUGACCCUUCUAGUGCUCGUUUCUCUGAAGACGAACUUCGACCUCAGCCAAUCAUGAGAAAAUCAAGGAAACAACAUGUGCCCGAUACUCUGAAAGACGCUCGAUAUUGGGCUCGAAGGGUCAAGAACAAUAUGGCCGCUAAAAGGUCAAGAGAAGCGAGAAGAUUAAAGGAGAAUCAAAUUGUUCUAAGAGCAAGUUACCUCGAAAAGAAAAUGAAUCUCUCAGGGUGACACUCGAUAAAUUACGCCAAGAGAACGAUAAUCUCAAGAAGAUGAUCGAUUCGGAUUAAGAACUUUUUUCUCUCUCAUCGAACCAAAAUUCAACAAUCAUAUUCAUGAUUCUUAUUUCAUUCUAAUUGUUAUUCUAAUCUAAUUAAUAUAUACACAUCGAUUGAUCGUAACUCUAAUUGUUUGUCUUUAAAUUAAAAUAAAUUGUUUCGAAAAACUAA